UUUGUCUUGUCCACUCGGGUGUAUUAGUCUAUUGUUCAAGGUGACAGCAACAAAUAGCAGCACUGGGCUCAACCCAGUUUGGAGAAUGUGACAGGCAAUCUGGAUGGCGUUUCUCUGAUAUUCGUACCCAUAUUUGGGUGACCUACAACCUUUAUUAAUGGAGAGACCGCCUGGUGUCAGCCACUGGAUCCAUCACUUCACUUGACAAGGUUGACUGUAAAAGAAAGAUUGAAACAUGGGUGACGCGGCUAUGGCAGAGUUUGGGACUGCUGCUCCUUAUCUGAGGAAAUCAGACAAGGAGCGUCUGGAGGCCCAAACCCGUCCGUUUGACAUGAAGAAGGAAUGUUUUGUGCCUGAUCCUGAGGUCGAGUACGUAAAGGCAUCCGUCACUAAUCGUGAUGGAGACAGUGCCACUGUCCAAACUGAACAUGGAAAGACCGUCACCGUGAAGGAGUGUGACGUUCACCCUCAGAAUCCGCCAAAGUUUGAUAAAAUUGAAGACAUGGCGAUGUUCACCUUCCUCCAUGAGCCAGCUGUGCUGUUUAACCUCAAAGAGCGCUACGCAGCAUGGAUGAUCUAUACCUACUCUGGGUUGUUCUGUGUGACGGUCAAUCCCUACAAGUGGCUGCCAGUCUAUAACCAAGAGGUGGUUGUUGCCUAUAGAGGAAAGAAGAGGAGUGAAGCUCCUCCUCACAUCUUCUCCAUCUCUGAUAAUGCCUACCAGUACAUGCUGGCAGACAGAGAAAACCAGUCAAUCCUCAUCACUGGAGAAUCCGGAGCUGGAAAGACUGUGAACACCAAGCGUGUCAUUCAAUACUUUGCCAGCAUUGCUUCUGUCCCCACUGGGAAGAAAGACAGUGCUGCUGAGAAGAAGGGCACCCUGGAGGACCAGAUCAUUCAGGCUAACCCUGCUCUGGAGGCCUUUGGGAAUGCCAAGACCAUCAGGAAUGACAACUCCUCCAGAUUUGGUAAAUUCAUCAGAAUUCACUUUGACAACAGAGGAAAGCUGGCCUCUGCUGACAUUGAGACGUAUCUUCUGGAAAAGUCACGUGUGACCUACCAGCUCAAAGCCGAGAGGGACUACCACAUUUUCUACCAGAUCUUGUCUCAAGUAAAGCCUGAACUCCUGGAAAUGCUGCUCAUCACCAACAAUCCCUAUGACUACGCCUUCAUCUCCCAAGGAGAGACCACAGUGGCCUCCAUCAAUGACUCUGAGGAGCUGAUAGCCACUGAUGAGGCCUUCGAUGUUCUGGGCUUCACUCAAGAAGAGAAGAACAGUAUUUACAAACAGACAGGUGCCAUCAUGCACUUUGGUAACAUGAAGUUUAAGCAGAAGCAGAGAGAAGAGCAGGCAGAGGCAGAUGGAACUGAAGAUGCUGACAAAGUCGCUUAUCUGAUGGGCCUGAACUCUGCCGACCUCAUCAAAGGACUCUGUCACCCCAGAGUGAAAGUAGGAAAUGAGUGGGUCACCAAAGGGCAGAAUGUCGCCCAGGUGUACUAUGCUAUUGGAGCUCUGUCUAAGGCAGUGUAUGAGAAGAUGUUUUUGUGGAUGGUCAUGAGGAUUAACCAGUCCUUGGACACCAAGCAGCCCCGUCAGUACUUCAUUGGUGUACUGGACAUUGCUGGAUUUGAGAUCUUCGAUUUCAACACCUUCGAGCAGCUGUGCAUCAACUUCACCAACGAAAAACUGCAACAGUUUUUCAACCACCACAUGUUUGUGCUGGAGCAGGAGGAAUACAAGAAGGAGGGAAUUGAAUGGGAGUUCAUAGACUUUGGUAUGGAUCUGCAGGCCUGCAUCGAUCUGAUAGAAAAGCCCAUGGGUAUCAUGUCCAUCCUGGAAGAGGAGUGCAUGUUUCCCAAAGCCAGCGAUGCCACCUUUAAAGCUAAGCUUUAUGACAACCACCUGGGGAAGUCCAAUAACUUCCAGAAGCCAAGAGUUGUCAAAGGAAAACCAGAGGCCCAUUUCUCCCUGGUCCACUAUGCUGGAACUGUUGAUUAUAACAUCAACAACUGGCUGGUGAAGAACAAGGAUCCUCUAAAUGAGACCGUUGUUGGUCUUUUCCAGAAGUCCACUGUUAAGCUUUUAUCUAUACUUUUUGCUGGAUAUGCAGGAGCUGAUUCAGCUCAGGAUUCUGGGAAGGGCAAAGGAAAGGCAAAGAAAGGCUCAUCUUUCCAAACUGUGUCUGCCCUUCACAGGGAGAACCUGAACAAACUGAUGACCAACUUGAGGUCCACCCACCCCCACUUUGUACGCUGCAUCAUCCCCAAUGAGACCAAGACUCCUGGGGCCAUGGAGAACCCUCUGGUGAUGCACCAGCUGCGCUGUAACGGUGUUCUGGAAGGCAUCCGGAUCUGCAGGAAGGGCUUCCCCAACAGGAUCCUCUACGGAGAUUUCAAGCAGAGGUACCGCAUCCUGAACCCAAAUGCUAUUCCAGAGGGACAGUUUAUUGACAACAAAAAAGCUGCUGAAAAACUAUUGGGUUCUUUGGAUAUUGACCACAACCAGUACAAACUGGGACAUACCAAGGUGUUCUUCAAGGCCGGACUCCUGGGCCAGCUUGAAGAGAUGCGAGAUGAUCGUUUAGCGUUAAUUAUCACAGGUAUCCAAGCUCGCUCAAGAGGUCUUUUGGCAAGAGUUGAGUUCCAGAAGAUUGUUGAGCGCAGAGAUGCACUACUUGUGAUCCAGUGGAACAUCCGAGCCUUCAUGGGGGUCAAGAAUUGGCCCUGGAUGAAGAUGUACUUCAAAAUCAAACCUCUGCUGAAAUCAGCAGAGACCGAGAAGGAGAUGGCCAACAUGAAGGAAGAAUUCACCAAACUGAAGGAGGCUUAUGCAAAGUCUGAAGCUCGUAGGAAGGAACUAGAGGAGAAAAUGGUCUCUCUUCUCCAAGAGAAGAACGACCUGCAGCUCCAAGUCCAGACUGAGCAAGAUAAUCUCUCUGAUGCUGAAGAGCGUUGUGAGGGUCUGAUCAAGAGCAAGAUUCAGCUGGAAGCAAAAAUCAAAGAGCUGACUGAAAGGCUGGAGGACGAAGAGGAGAUGAAUGCUGAGCUGACUGGAAAGAAGAGGAAGCUGGAGGAUGAGUGCUCUGAGUUAAAGAAGGAUAUUGAUGACUUAGAGCUCACUCUGGCAAAAGUAGAGAAAGAGAAGCAUGCCACUGAGAACAAGGUCAAGAACCUGACAGAGGAGAUGGCUGCUUUGGAUGAAAUCAUUGCCAAGCUGACCAAGGAAAAGAAAGCCUUACAGGAAGCUCAUCAGCAAACGCUGGAUGACCUGCAGAGUGAGGAAGACAAAGUCAACACUCUGACCAAGGCCAAGGCCAAGCUGGAGCAGCAAGUGGACGAUCUUGAAGGGUCCUUAGAGCAAGAAAAGAAAAUCCGUAUGGACCUGGAGAGAGCAAAGCGGAAGCUUGAAGGAGACUUGAAGCUGGCCCAAGAAAGUAUCAUGGACCUGGAGAAUGACAAGCAGCAGCUUGAAGAGAGGCUGAAGAAGAAAGAUUUUGAAAUAAGUCAGCUGAACGGGAAAAUAGAGGAUGAACAAGUUAUGAGUGCCCAACUCCAGAAGAAACUGAAGGAGCUGCAGGCCCGUAUAGAAGAGCUGGAGGAAGAGCUGGAGGCAGAGCGAGCUGCUCGAGCCAAGGUGGAGAAGCAGAGAGCAGACCUGGCCAGAGAGCUGGAGGAGAUCAGUGAGAGGCUGGAGGAGGCUGGAGGAGCCACAGCCGCCCAGAUCGAGAUGAACAAGAAGAGGGAGGCUGAGCUCCAGAAGCUGCGCAGAGACCUUGAAGAGGCCACGCUGCAGCAUGAAGCCACCACCGCUACACUCAGGAAGAAACAAGCUGACAGCGUUGCUGACCUGGGAGAGCAGAUCGACAACCUGCAGAGAGUCAAGCAGAAACUGGAGAAGGAGAAGAGCGAGCUCAAACUGGAACUUGAUGACGUGGUCUCCAACAUGGAGCAGAUUGUCAAGACUAAGAACCACCUGGAGAAAAUGUGUAGGUCUCUGGAGGACCAGUUAAACGAAUAUAAAACAAAGGCAGACGAGGGACAGCGAACCAUCAAUGACUUCACCACGCAGAAGGCUAAGCUCCAAACUGAAAACGGUGAACUGACAAGAAUUUUGGAGGAAAAGGAUUCCCUGCUUUCCCAACUCACCCGAGGAAAACAGUCCUACACACAACAAAUUGAAGAUCUCAAAAGACAACUGGAGGAAGAAAUCAAGGCCAAGAACGCAUUAGCCCAUGCUGUGCAGUCUGCUCGUCAUGACUGUGACCUCCUCAGGGAGCAGUACGAGGAGGAGCAGGAGGCCAAGGCUGAACUGCAGCGCGGCAUGUCCAAGGCCAACUCUGAGGUGGCUCAGUGGAGAACCAAGUAUGAAACUGAUGCCAUCCAGAGGACCGAGGAACUGGAGGAAGCAAAGAAGAAGCUGGCUCAGCGUCUGCAGGAGGCCGAGGAGGCCGUUGAAGCAGUGAAUGCUAAAUGUUCCUCUCUGGAGAAGACCAAACACAGGCUGCAGAAUGAGAUCGAAGAUCUCAUGGUGGAUGUGGAGAGGUCCAACGCUGCUGCUGCUGCUCUGGACAAGAAGCAAAGAAACUUUGACAAGGUUCUGGCAGAGUGGAAGCAGAAGUACGAAGAGUCUCAAUCAGAGCUGGAGAGCUCCCAGAAGGAAGCCAGAUCUCUGAGCACGGAGCUCUUCAAACUUAAAAACUCCUAUGAAGAGUCUCUUGAGCAUCUGGAGACCAUGAAGAGAGAGAACAAGAACUUACAAGAGGAAAUAUCUGACCUGACUGAACAAAUUGGUGAGGGAGGAAAGAACAUUCAUGAGCUUGAGAAGAUUCGAAAGCAGCUGGAACAAGAGAAGUCUGAGAUUCAAACUGCUCUGGAAGAAGCAGAGGCCUCACUAGAGCACGAGGAAGGGAAGAUUCUCAGAGUCCAGCUUGAGCUGAACCAAAUAAAGGCUGACUUCGAGCGUAAGCUGGCUGAGAAGGAGGAAGAAAUGGAGCAAAAUAAGAGAAACCAACAAAGAGCUGUGGACACUCUUCAGAGCUCUCUGGAGGCUGAAACUCGAAGCAGGAACGAAGCUCUCCGCUUGAAGAAGAAGAUGGAGGGAGACCUGAAUGAGAUGGAGAUCCAGCUGAGCCAAGCCAACAGGCAGGCGGCCGAGGCUCAGAAACAACUCAAGGCUGUUCACGCUCAUCUCAAGGAUGCUCAGCUUCAGCUUGAUGAAUCUAUGCGAGCCAAUGAUGACAUGAAGGAAAACAUCGCGAUUGUUGAGAGACGCAACAACCUGAUCCAGGCCGAGCUGGAGGAACUGAGAGCAGCUCUGGAACAAACCGAGAGAAGUCGUAAACUCGCUGAGCAAGAGCUGAUGGAUGUCAGCGAGAGGGUGCAGCUGCUGCACUCCCAGAACACCAGCCUGCUAAACCAGAAGAAGAAACUGGAGGCUGAUUCAGUCCAGCUUCAAACCGAAGUGGAGGAGGCGGUGCAGGAAUGCAGGAACGCCGAAGAGAAGGCCAAGAAGGCCAUCACUGAUGCUGCCAUGAUGGCAGAGGAGCUGAAGAAAGAGCAGGACACCAGCGCUCACCUGGAGCGCAUGAAGAAGAACAUGGAGCAGACCAUCAAAGACCUGCAGCACCGUCUGGAUGAAGCUGAGCAGAUCGCCAUGAAGGGAGGCAAGAAGCAGGUGCAGAAGCUCGAGGCCCGGAUUAAGGAACUGGAAAAUGAGGUUGAAGCUGAGCAACGAAGGUCCAGUGAUUCUGUCAAAGGAAUCCGGAAAUAUGAACGACGCAUUAAAGAGCUGACCUAUCAGACUGAAGAGGACCGCAAAAACCUCACCCGUCUGCAAGAUCUGGUAGACAAGCUGCAACUUAAAGUGAAAUCCUACAAGAAAGUUGCAGAGGAGUCUGAGGAACAGGCUAACAAUAACCUGACCAAGUUCCGUAAGCUUCAGCAUGAGCUCGAUGAAGCGGAAGAGAGAGCCGACAUCGCCGAGUCUCAGGUCAACAAGCUACGCGCCAAGAGCCGUGACAUCGGGCCGAAGAAAGCUCACGAUGAAGAGUGAAGCAUGACUCGCUGUUCCUGAGACAUCUUAAUUAUGAUGUGUCCCUAUGCAUGCAGCUUGUUCAGUAGAAUUAAAGGAAAUAGCAUCUGAAA